AUUCAAAUUAGGUAUGGACUGUCAAACUUUUUUUUUUAAUUGCAGUAUCUUAGUUUUUAUUAGUUCAGCAUUGAGGGAACAACUUAUAAGAAAGAAAAUGAGGUUUUUCAGAAGUAUAAGAUACUUUCACAUAAACAGAGCAACAACCUGUGAACUUAGGCAUCUUAAAAUAUUCUCAUGGUAGAAAUUGCAUUUUUAGGGAUAAUUUCAAACUAUAGACUAUCCUUUACUUACUGCAGUUGCAGAGAAAUAUGAAACCUGACAAUGUUCAGAGCUUUCUACCUUGAAAUAAUCCCAUGAGGUUGGUACUGGUUUUCUCUCCCACUUACAGAUGACAGAAGUGAGCCAAAGCGAUGUUAAUUUCCCCAAGGUGGCACUGCUAGUGAGUAGCUGUACCAGGAUUUUAACCCAUGUGUAUCAAUUUCAGAGUCUACUCUUAGAUGUUGUCUCAAUUUAUACCGUACCCAGAAUAAGAAUUAACUACAGUAGAAGUACAGGCACACCAGUGAUGGGGGCCACCGUGUGGUUGGGCAGGUUGUACACUGAAAGUGGUAAAGAUGGCUAUCUGAGAUCCAUGUCAUGUUCUACUCAGAAGCCCCGUAUCUGCAGCCAUCCUGAGGAACAAGUGCGUUUUCUGCUUCACUAGGAGCAGCCACAGGGAUUAGCAACAUACCUGCCCAGUUUCCAUUGACUUCUCUCUCUUCUUUCCUAGUUCUGCUUUCUUAGGACUCUGUGCUUCCCCAGAAGGAAGAAUUAAAAAUGAGUAAGUUCAAGGAGAGUCAAGGCAUUUGAGGACCUGUUGAGUGUGCCAGGAAGCAGUGACAUUUAAGGAUGUAGCUGUGGCCUUCACUGAGGAGGAGCUGGGGCUGCUGGACUCUGCCCAGAGGAAGCUGUACCGAGAUGUGAUGGUGGAGAACUUCAGGAACCUGCUCUCAGUGGAAGAGAACAGUCAAAGUGAGUUAAGGACUAUUCAAGGUGGAGGAACAAAUGAAGAGCUUUCGUGUUGGAAAAUCUGGCAACAAAUUGCAGAUGACUUAACCAGGUGUCAAGACCCCAUGAUAAAUAAUUUUCAGUUUCACAAACAAGGUGAUUUCCCCUGCCAGGUAGGGGCAGGACUGUCUGUUCACAUUUCUGAAUAUGACAACUAUAUGCUAAAUCAUAAAGCAGAUGGUCCCAGUGAUACUGGAAAUUCAGAGUUUCUGACUUUGAGAAGCCAGGAUUCUUUGAGGAAAACUUUCCUGACUGAGUCACAGAAUUAUCAGAAUAGAUACCAGCAAAUUCCCAUGAAAAAUAAACUAUGUCAGUGUAAACAGGGUGUUGACCCCAUCAGUUGGAUUUCACGUCACCAUGAUGAUUAUAGAGCACACAAAAGUGAAAAGUCUCAUAGAUCUGAUGAUUAUGGAAAAGACAACAUGAAGAUUUUGACCUUUGAUCAGAAUAGCAUGAUUCACACAGGACAGGAACCUUACCAGUGUAACAAGUGUGAAAAAGCCUUUGGUGAUCUCUCCAGCUUUGAUCUUCAACAGCAAUUACAAUCAGGAGAGAAGUCUCUUAAAUGUGUCAAGUGUGGAAAAGGCUUUCGUUACAGCUCAGUUCUUCCUGUUUGGAGAGUUCACAUGGGAGAAAAACUUAAGUGUGAUGAAGGUGGUAGGGAAUUCAAUGAGGACUCACAUCUACAAAACCAUCGGAAUAUCCAUAUGACAGAGAAACCAUACAAAUGUAAUCAGUGUGGGAAAGGUUUCAAUCGUAGAUCAGCACUUAAUGUUCAUUGUAAGGUCCACACGGGAGAGAAACCUUAUAAUUGUGAGGAGUGUGGGAGGGCCUUCAGUCAGGCCUCUCAUCUUCAAGACCAUCGGAGACUCCACACUGGGGAGAAACCAUUCAAAUGUGAUGCAUGUGGUAAGAGCUUCAGUCGCAAUUCACAUCUUCAAUCCCAUCAGAGAGUUCAUACGGGAGAGAAACCAUACAAAUGUGAGGAGUGUGGGAAGGGCUUCAUUUGUAGCUCCAAUCUUUACAUUCAUCAGAGGGUCCACACAGGGGAAAAACCCUAUAAAUGUGAGGAAUGUGGUAAAGGCUUUAGUCGGCCUUCAAGUCUUCAGGCCCAUCAAGGAGUCCACACUGGAGAGAAAUCAUAUGUAUGUACUGUGUGUGGGAAAGGCUUUACUCUGAGUUCAAAUCUUCAAGCCCAUCAGAGAGUGCACACUGGAGAGAAACCAUACAAAUGUGAGGAGUGUGGGAAGAGCUUCAGGAGGAACUCCCAUUAUCAAGUUCAUCUAGUGGUCCACACAGGAGAGAAACCCUAUAAGUGUGAGGUGUGUCGGAAGGGCUUCAGUCAAAGUUCAUAUCUUCAAAUCCAUCAGAAGGCCCACAGUGUAGAGAAACCUUACAAGUGUGAGGAGUGUGGGCAGGGCUUUAAUCAGAGUUCACGACUUCAAAUUCACCAGCUGAUCCAUACCGGCGAGAAACCAUACAAAUGUGAGGAAUGUGGAAAGGGAUUCAGUCGUAGAGCAGAUCUUAAAAUUCAUUGUAGAAUCCACACAGGAGAGAAACCAUAUAAUUGUGAGGAGUGUGGGAAGGUCUUCAGGCAGGCCUCAAAUCUUUUGGCCCAUCAGAGAGUCCAUAGUGGAGAAAAGCCAUUCAAAUGUGAAGAGUGUGGGAAGAGCUUUGGUCGGAGUGCACACCUUCAAGCCCAUCAAAAAGUCCACACUGGAGAGAAGCCGUACAAAUGUGAGGAGUGUGGGAAGGGCUUCAAGUGGAGCCUGAAUCUUGACAUGCAUCAGAGGGUGCACACAGGGGAGAAACCAUAUAAGUGUGGGGAGUGUGGUAAGUACUUCAGUCAGGCCUCAAGCCUUCAGCUUCAUCAGAGUGUCCACACUGGAGAGAAACCGUACAAAUGUGAUGUGUGUGGUAAAGUCUUCAGUCGGUCCUCACAACUACAGUCUCAUCAGAGGGUUCACACAGGAGAGAAACCUUACAAAUGUGAGAUAUGUGGUAAGAGCUUCAGCUGGAGAUCAAAUCUUACAAUUCAUCACAGGAUCCAUGUUGGUGAUAAAUCCUGUCAAAGUAAUAGAGGUGGUAAGAAUGUCAGGGAAUCCACACAGGAAAAAAAUUCUAUAAAAUGAUUUUUUUGAAGG